AUGGCGAAAAGGAAACGCAAUACCGCAAAUGUCACUCUGGCGAACAAAAAGCAGACUACAUCUGGAAUACCGAGUCCACCACAUGACACAGCGCCGCUCGAUCCAACAAACAUAAACUCAAUCAUUAGCCCAGAGGAGAUUGAAGUUACGGUUGAAACCUUGCAAGCACUAUCAUCACAUCCAGCGUUAAUCAAAUCGAAAGUAUGCAAAGAUCUUCGGACAGCAGUAUACGACUUUCGUCAGGCAUGCACAACUGGGCUUAACUCGGCCGGGCAGUAA